UUGGCUGAAAGAAGACGUUUCAAAUAUGGCAAUAGUUGACGUUAAGCUCGUGUCUGGAUUUUCGGUGAACGAAGAAUCGCUGCAGAAGGUAAGCCAUUUAUUAGCUAAUCAAGGUAAAUUUACAAAGAUUUACGUAUAUGAUAGAUGAUCAGCUUUCAAUCCACAACCAUCAGAAAAACUAAGCCGAUGCUAAAGUUACUGUACGUAAAUCAGGACGAAAUCAGUGUUAUCCGAUGUACAAAUAUUGAUUGAACAUUCGUUUCAUUUAAAUUUUCUUUAUGAAUGGAUCAUUCCCCAUGCAAUUAACCAAAAUUUUGAUCUCAACCAGUCUAGACAAAAUUCCAUCAUAGCAUGAAAGAGCAUCGCAAAAUGAGUAAUAUUCCAAAGUUUCGUUGCAAAAUGUUGUAAAAUGCGGAUAAUAUAGCCUUGCGAAAUUUGUAAUUUUCAGUCAUUUUGUAUUACGCACAGAAGUGGUAACCAUUUCCCGUUUGUAAUCUAAGAUGACUGAAAAUUGCAAACUUCGCAAGGCUAUAUUAUCCGCAUUUUACAACAUUUCGCAAAGAAACUCAAAGAAACUUUGGAAUAUUACUAAUUUUGUGAUACUCUUCCAAGCUGUGAUGAAAUUUUUGUCUAGACUUUUUGAGUUCAAAAUUUGGGUUAAUUGGGGAAUGGUCCAUUAUUAUUAAUGAGUAGCUAUUGUAUAAUGCGCUAAUAAUAAUUAAUAGGAAUUAAUGAAUACAGGAAUUAAUACAUGCAGGAAUUAAUACAGUAAUUGAAAGGGAUCACUUACGUCGAAUACAACGCAUUUUUCUAGAAAUUGGAACAGACGAAUAAUUACAGUCCAACGAUCUUAAAACGUUAUGAAAUUGAAGGACAAAAUGUUAUUCUCUACUUUGACGAGGUAACCGUAAUAUACUUAUAGCUAAUAGUAACUGAUCAAAUGAGAUGGAAAUAAUCCAUUGAAGAACAAGGAUUUAAACUAUGAAUUUAUUCAUAACUAGAGGGCACAGGUAUGCAGCGAGUAUGGGAAGUAAGGUAUCAUAUUGCUGAUUACGCUGAAAAAUAAAGAGUGAUAGCUUAUACGUGUAAAUAUUGAAAUAUUUCGGUUGUUUCGGCAAUUUUUAUUGAAAUUUUUCAGCAUAAUCAGCAAUAUGAUACCUUUCUUCCCAUCGUUCCCUGCGUGCAUAAAUUAAAAGCUGGAAUUGCCUAUAGGCGACCGGCCUGAUGUCCAUGGAUGACUAUAUGUCAAGCAGAAAAAUUUUUCAAAAAAACCAUUUUUCCGACCUACUUACUCUAUUUGUUUCGGCCCCGGAUAUGCAUGAAAUUUGAACUACGUACAGCAUACUCUUUGAUACGUCCAUAACUUGAUCGAAUUAAAAACCUUCUGUAACUUGUAUUGUUUAAUAAUCCUUCCAGAUAAAAUCGAUGAGUUUCUCACUGGAUAUUGUUCAAAGUACACUGGUAAAGAAAACAAAGCCAGGUGUUAUUCGUGUUUAUGAUUACUAUAAUCCAGGUAUGGAUGCAUGCUUUCGAUUCGCUAUGCAAUUUAUGUGCCCAUCAAAUUAAACUGUAUUUUUUGCAUAAGGGGUGGACCUAGUCUAGUCCCAGGCCUUUCCACGUGGCUGGUUCUGUUUCGUUUCUGAGCCUCUGGAGAAGGCCAAGCAAAAUUCGUUAAUUAUGAAUUUCAUAAAGUAAACUUACUGGAACUUUCAGCGCAUGCACUUCUUUCCAUUUACCAAAAUACCUUCAUUCUUCAUCCCAAAGCCAUAAAUUAUCCAAAAACAUCGAUUUAAAUAUGUAAAUUGGAGGGAGAAAAACAUAGUUCCCAGAAGGACAGUUUGUAAAUUUUACUAGGCUUUCUCACUUCCGCCUUUCCUUAGACUUCCCAAGCAAUAGCACGUAUCGGAAGCGAAAGGCAGGAACUAGAUUAGGGUGGACCAUUAGGUUGGGACACUCCGAAAACAUUUCUCAGCAAGUGAUUCGACUCCAUUUGGAAACAAGCACGUUAAACUGUAUAUUGAUCUUAGUUACACGACCACAUCAGCUAUGCUGUAAAAUUACCUUGCUAAAAUAAAUGCUUUUAUUUUUAUUAUUAUCUUUAAAAAAUAUGCGAAUGAAAGCUCCUAGCUCACAUGACACAUGAAAGGGUCGCUUUGCGUGGAUAAUAUGCAAUAUCUUAAUUUUUUAGAAAGCCAAGGGAAAGUAAUGUACAACAUCACAGAGAAAGAUUGUUAUGGGGAAAAGAGUAAGUUAAUUUGUACAGUUUUUGUUUCUAUCCUUUUUAAGGACCUCAAUUCUAGGAUGAAGGGUCCUUUAAUUUGAUUAAUUAUAAAAUAGCGAUGUAUUGAUAAAUUCUUUAGCAUCGAGGGAUGACUAGGUUGUAUUCCGUUUUCAUUUGCAGUUGAAAGAGAAUGUCCGAAGUGUCUAUCUGUCGAUGAUUUUGAAGAUUUCUUUGACAAAAAUAUAAACUGUUCCAUUUAUCGUAAGUAUAUGCUAGAAUACGAUUCGUACCCGACAAAUCACAGCGUGUAAACGUACCUUAAACAUAUACCCACCCUGGUCAAAAAGUUUACAAAAGGAUAACGUUCAGUUAUCACACAUGUCCUUUACCACUUCUGUGACAUGAGUUUGAUAACUGCUUGGGCAAUUUUCUUCAGUCCAAAUUUCCAUGUUGUCUGCACAUGUACUUUCUUUGAAGACACCAUUUGCCUCCUGGCAAAUCGGAAAAUGAUCAAGAUAGUGACUCUAAUUGGUUUACAUUUUGCAUUGACAUAUGAUUGUUGACAUUGCUUUUUACUCUUCAAUAUUUGAGUAAGUCAUGCUUUGGAAAUGACAACAAUUGUUUUAUUAUCAUGUUUUAUUAUCAACUCUUGACUUUUAUUUUUCAUUUACCCAACCUUUUACUAUCAUUCAAAAUUUUGUUUACUCAACCCUUUUCUCUUCGGUACCACCCCCCCCCCCCCAUAAACAAUAGCCACCCGGUUCCUUAGAAGAAAACAAAAUAACAACAUAAUAAGACAUCCAUUUUAUGUAUUUUAGUGAUGCGUGCAAAAUCCCGCAAUGGCCUCAUGAAAGUGAAAAAAGCCUAUAUCAAAACGGACAGAACUCAAGAUAAGAAAUCUCGUCCUUAUGAAAUACCCGAAUUUUGUCCUUGUGACGAAGUCUAUGAUGGCGUGACGUCAUUGGUGUUAGGACAAAGCGAUUAUUUCCGAAGGAACGGCGAAGAUGCAUCAAUUGUGUUCAACUCUGCCACAACGAUUGCCAAGUGGGACUCUACGAAAAUGAGAAAGAUAUUUAAGAAGAAGAUGAUCUCGAAGAUUUAUCGUAGAUGCAAUCGGUUGAAUAGUGGCUUGCGAGGUUGAGGAUUGUGCGUGCGGUGCUUUUUUAUUUUUUUCUUAUCAAAAUCUUUAGUUAUACGUGUUUAGCUUUAAUUUUAUACCCAAAUAUAUACAAUUAAUGGAUGUUAUUUCUGUAAGUGCUCGCAGACCUUGUGUCUAUCGUAGUUCAUUUAAUUAACUGACAUAAUUAUAACUUGAUUUAGUAUAAUUCACAUCUAAGAUAAUGCCAAAUAAAAAAACUUCUAAAAAAGCUGUCGAUGGGGAUUUGUUUCAAUGAAUGAGCUGCUUUUAGUUUGUUAUGUUGUUUUUAUCGUUACACUGUGUGUGUACAAUAUAUUUUUCCACGAUAUGUGAAAAGCCCGCUUUUCCGCGUCCGUUAAACUGCGUCCGCUAUUCCGCGAU